GAUGAAUGCCACGCAAGAUGUCCUGAAGGUUUCCGUCGUAUCUUGGCCUCCGUACGUGAGGAUCGCUUACAGAAAUGGAAUACCGAUUGUAGUUGGGCCCAUGGGUCAGCUACUGGAUGCUCUCACAAGCAGUCUCAACAUGACAUACAAGGCAACUGUUCCUGCGGACUGGCACGUGGGAUUAGCCCUUCCGAAUGGCACCUGGACUGGAAUGGUCGGUCUCGUGCAGCGGAGGGAAGUGGAUAUGACCAUCAUGCCACUCAUCCAGACUUACCCCCGUUAUGCCGUCGGAGAGUACAGCCCUGCCAUCAUAUACGUGCCAUUCGGCAUUCUGUCGGCCAGUGACGUCAGCACCUCGAACGUGUUCGGCUACAUACUCACCUUCGACUGGAAGGUGUGGGCUCUGCUUUUGAGCGCCAUUCCCAUCUUGGCGCUGCUCAUCAGCUUGUCGGAAUUCGCGGUUCACCGGAAGUCCUGGAAGAGCAUGCCGGAGGACGUGCACCAAUGGGGAUGGGAACUGUUCGGCAACCUUCUGUACGAAAGUUCACCGCGUGCGACUACGCAGACAUCGGGGCGCAUCGUGCUCACUUCGUGGCUGCUGGCGGUCCUCGUGAUCGCCAACUCGUUCGCGGGUCACCUCAAAUCCAGCAUGGCAGUCAAGAACGAACCGACUCAGGUGGACCGCGUACAAGACGUAGUCGACCGACCAAACUUGAGGCCCUUCAUAUGGAAGGGCUCGUACUACGAAGCCCUGAUUUCGAAUUCGCCAUCGCCGCUGCUGAAAAAGCUGUGGCGCAUGGUGGUGCGUAAGAACGGCUCCAUGCCGGGCAACAUCAUGUACAUGGACGAGAACAUGCGGCAAGUGAUCGAGCGCCGCGCCGUGUUCAUGGUGGACCACAACUCGCAGCGGUUCCACAUGGCCGCCUUCUGCCGACGCGAGUCGACGGCCAGCUUCCACUUCGGCCGCGAGAUUAUCGAAGAGCACCGGCUCUCCUUCCUCAUGUCUCGCUCCAUGCGCCGCGACCUGCACAGCCGCAUAUACACCAGGGUCACAUGGCUCUACGAAAGUGGCCUGGUAAGCAAGUGGAUGGCGGACGAAUUGGGAGACUGGCAACGCUGUGUGAGGCGCACAGGCGAGCACGUGGCCGAAGACCUCACCAUCGACGACACAUUGGCCACCUUCUUGCUCUGGGGCAUCGUCAUGUGCGCCGCCGCCGGCGCUCUGGUCAUCGAGAUGUUGAAACGUCCGCGUGUCGAUAGCACGUCGCCGGAGAUUCCUUUUAAGAGACGUGCCAAGAUGCGCCGAGGCGGUCACUGGAGAGCCUUCAUGCGCACGCGCGCUCAGGCGGUGUUUUAGAGCCGGGAUGCAUACCAAAAAUUUCAGUCGCCACCUGCAAGGAGGAUCUGACAGACAGCAGAACGUAUAUACCCUCCCGCACAGAAGUCACUGCGUAGAAAGCAGGAGAAAUUACUCCCAGCACUACAGGUCAACACAUUCCCCGACCAACCAGAAAUAACCUCACAGCACCUGCGUAUAAUUCUGUCCACAAUAAAACUUCUGCCGAUGACUUGCGUCCCAUCCAUUCACCAUACGGUAGGAGGCUGCAGAAAAUCUCCACAAAACCCCCCGAUUCCCACCCCAACAACCAGCACGGGGAAGGAGCCUCGGUAAGCUGCAACCUCGACGAUCAGCUAAGAUUGGUCGCGAGGGCCCAGGACGCUGUUAGAGCUUAAGACAUCCUGAAAUAAGG